AUGACUGUGAUGAUUGACAAUUGGAUUGCUGAGUGUGACCAAUGUCAACGUGAGGGAAAGACUCUGGGUACAGUUGCACCACUCCAAACAAUAAAGGUGUCUGCUGUUUGGGAGCUGCUGGGGAUUGACCUAACUGGGCCCUUCCCCAAAACUACUGAUGGCUAUCAGCAUGGGUGCCCGAAACGGAUCCUGUCUGAUCAAGGGCGGGAUUUUGUAAAUGAGCUCAAUGAUUCUCUGUGCUCUCUGCUGGGCAUUGAGAGAAGCGUCACCGCUGCGUACCACCCACAGACUAAUGGGUUGGACGAAAAGACCAACCACAACAUCAAGAGAGCUUUGAUGAAGUCAAAGGUGCACAUCUCAACCAAACACACCCCAUUCCAGUUGAUGUAUGGGCGGGAGGCUGUGUUCCCCUCAGAGGUGCCUGUAGAUUAUCCUUGCAGCAGGAGACAAUCAUGGCACUUUCUUGACCCACCAAUCAAAAACAAGUGGAGGAAAAAUCAAGAGGCUUUUGGAGGAUUUGAAGAAGGGAAAAAUAGCAGAUUCACCAGGACACUGCCAAAUGUGACAGCUACACACCAAUGGAACUUGAGAGUGAGAAGGCGCUUGACAUACAAACAGAACAGAGCAAUGAGGGUAUGCCCCAUUGUACAAAGAAGAGCUAAAUGA